ACCCGUGUACGUUUGUGUGCGUCAUUCCGUCAUGUCUUCCUGUCUCGCUCUCUCUCACGCCGGACAGAUUCACAACCUCAGACAUGGCUCCGUGAACCGACACAUGGCAGCUAGCAGCCAUGAACCAAAAGCCACAACUUACCAAAAUUAGCGAUGCCUAAAUAGCAGUCUUUUUUCGUUUAUUUAAAAAAUUAUUCAAACUCCUGCAAUAUCCCACAGGUACCAACUGGUUGUCAGGCACUGGAAGAGGCAGAGGUGCACUGCAUCCUUCGUCGGUUUAUUUUCCUUUGGCAUUUCGGGUUUUUUUUUUUUUACUGUCCUCUUUAAGUUUACCGUCUGUAUAACAGAAGCUCAACAUGGGUGUCCAAGGUUUCCAAGAGUACAUUGAAAAGCAUUGCCCCAGCGCCGUGGUGCCGGUGGAGCUACAGAAGCUGGCCAGGGGGAGUAUGGUUGGAGGUGGACGGCAGAGAUCCCCUCAGAGUCCGCUGAGACUGCUGGUUGACGCCGAGAACUGUCUUCACCGGCUCUACGGAGGCUUUUACACCGACUGGGUCAGCGGGGGCCAGUGGAACCACAUGCUGGGCUACCUGGCCGCCCUCUCCAGGGCCUGCUUCAACGGCAAUAUUGAGCUCAUGGUGUGCUUCAAUGGCGCCCUGGAGAAAGGCCGCCUUCACGAGUGGGUCAAGCGGCAGGUGAACGAGAGGCAGACUGCCCAGCAGAUCAUCAGCCAUGUUCAGAAUAAGGGCACCCCGCCACCAAAAGUCUGGUUCCUUCCUCCCGUGUGCAUGGCCCACUGCAUUCGACUGGCGCUUCUCAGGUUCCGCGUGGGGGUUGUCCAGAGCAUCACGGACCACCACCUGGAAGUGAUAGCCUUAUGCAAGGAGAACGGCUUCCAUGGCCUGGUGGCGUAUGACUCGGACUAUGCUCUGUGCAACAUCCCAUACUACUACAGUGCCCAUGCCCUCAAACUGAGCCGCAACAGCAAAAGCCUCACCACCAACCAGUACCUGAUGCAUGAAGUGGCUCGGCAGCUUGACCUCCACCCACAUCGUUUUGUCAUUUUUGCAUCACUUUUAGGAAACCACAUACUGCCUGAUGAAGACUUGGCUGCUUUUCACUGGAGCUUACUUGGUCCAGAGCAUCCAUUAGCAUCUUUGAAGGUGCGUGCCCACCAGCUUGUGCUCCCACCUUGUGAUGUAGUAAUCAAGGUUGUGGCUGAUUACGUCCGCAACAUUCCAGACAUCACUGAACUGGAGGUCAUUGCCAAGGACAUUUUCAAGUAUUCACAGUCUUGCACUGAUGACAAAGUCAUCCGCUUCAAGAAGGCUGUGGAGUACUACUCACAGGCCAGCAAACCCCCGUACUGCCCUCCACAGUUAGUCAGACCAAAAGACCUGGGUGUGCCUGCUGCAGUGUCAUCUCCAGAAAUGCUGAACAUUCCACAGGUGCCACUGCCGGCAAAACCAAUCGCCAAGCACUUGUACCCAGAGCCUGUGGUGGAGCACAGUCUGGCUCUGGACACAGGGGAGAAAGGGCUCCCAGUGCAGAACAGCUUCAGCAACAUUCCUCAUGAAGGGAAGCACACACCGCUGUAUGAGAGGUCCUCUCCCAUUAGCCGGGGCCUGGCUGACAGCCCUAGCCACACAGAGACUCCUUUCUUCAACGCCUCCUCCACAUCCUCUUCUUCUGAGAAUGACGAGAGCUUGGGCUCAACUGCCAAUCAUGUUAGUGACCAUAAGGAAGGAUGGGAGAAAAAUGGACAUGCUCCUCACUGUGAAAGCACAUCAGAGGGAAACCUGGGAGAGCAAUCAAAAGCGGACCUCUGCAAGACCUCUGCUGUGAGCUCUGGGUUGCAGGCUGCUGGUCUCCACAACAUGAUUGCCCAGAUCCCCUCACUUCUCUCCAUGCCCACCAGGAACCACAUGGACAUCACCAUCCCGCCUCUCCCCGCCGUGGCCCCUGAGGUCCUGCGGGUGGCAGAGCACAGACACAAGAAGGGCCUUAUGUAUCCCUAUAUCUACCAUCUUCUUAGCAAGGGAGAGAUUAAACUUUCUGUCACCAUUGAAGAUGAAGCUAACAAAGAUCUGCCUUCAGCAGUGCAGCUGUUUCGUCCUAUCCGUCAGUAUGUUUACGGAGUACUCUUCAGCCUAGCAGAAGCCAGGAAGAAGGCUGAGAGACUCGCCAUGAGGAAGAACUGCCUCCCUGAAUUUACCAAUGUCAUGGUCAAAGAAUGGGCCGCCUACAAAGGCAAGGCUCCCCACACUCCAGAGCUGGUGGAGGCUCUGCCCUUCAGGGAGUGGACCUGUCCCAAUCUGAAGAAGCUGUGGCUGGGAAAGGCUGUUGAGGACAAAAACCGCAGGAUGAGGGCGUUCCUGGCCUGCAUGCGCUCCGACACUCCUGCUAUGCUAAACCCUACCAACGUCCCCACACCCUUCUUGGUGCUCUGCUGUGUGCUGCGGUUUAUGUUACAUUGGCCAGGAUUAAGAAUUUUGCGUCGUAACGAACUUGACGCUUUCCUAGCCCAAGCACUUUCUCCUAAACUUUAUGAGCCUGACCAGCUGCAGGAACUGAAGAUUGACAACCUGGACCCUCGAGGAGUCCAGCUGGCAGCCUUGUUCAUGAGCGGAGUGGACAUGGCUCUGUUUGCCAAUGACGCUUGCGGACAGCCCAUUCCCUGGGAGCACUGCUGUCCAUGGAUGUACUUUGAUGGCAAGCUGCUUCAGAGUAAACUCAUCAGGGCCAGCAGGGAGAAGGCCCAGCUCAUUGACCUCUGUGAUGGUCAGCCUGAACUGGUUGCCAAGGUAGAGAAGAUGCGUCAGAGUAUCUUGGAAGGUCUCGGCUUCACUCGUCCACCUCAUCCUCCUCUCUUCCCCCCGCCUCCAUCUCCUCAUGGGAUGUCUUUCUACCCCCCCACCGGUUCCUUCUACCUCCCUCCACCGUUGAUGCCUCCUCAGGGGAGAGGUAGGGGGAUGCCUGGACUUGAAGGAAUCUCAUCACAAGGAGGGAAGCUGGAGAUUGCUGGUACUGUGGUGGGGCAGUGGGCUGGAAGUCGACGCAGCAGAGGAAGAGGAGGCUUCCCUGUUCAGGUGGUGUCAAUAGGUGGACCAAACAGAGGUCGUCCAAGAGGAGUGAUUUCCACACCUGUCAUAAGGACAUUUGGUCGAGGAGGCAGGUAUCACACGCGAGCCUUCAAGAGUCAGGCAGCGUACCUGAUUAAGCCUGUGCAUAAGCCUGCUCAUACUCCUGAGGAUGAUGCAGUGAAGGAAAAAAAGAACCCAAAGGAGAAGAAACUGUUCCCUGCACCAUGUGACAGCUCAAGCGCAGAGAACGGCAUGGAGGACAAAGAACAAGACCAGCCAAAUGGAGACAGAGAGGAACACGGGGCUCUCCGCCCACCUGAAAGUGCCUUUAGCAGUGACUUCAAGAUGUGCAAUACUAUUCCUCACUUAAAUGCACUAAACAUAGACAGCAGCUGCCAAAGAGAUGAAGAUCUGGAAGCCGUUGUCUUACAAAAUGAAGCCUAAGCCUAUUUUUCUAGUGAGGGUGAAAGAUGAAGAGGGCGCGGGGUUAUAAAUUAUCUGCAAACUUAGAAAACCUACAGUCAAUGUGCAUUUUUCCCCUGUGACAAAGAAGCGAGACAAAGUCCAGACCCCUCUCAGUAAAAAUAUGAUCUGUGACACACUGCUAGUGUAAGGAGUCAUUCACUCCACCUCACUAAGAUUUCUGUUUUUGUCAGAAUGGCAUUAAGGCUUAAAUUUGGAAAUAUUUUAGUUCUUGUAGGUUGAUACUCUUCCAAUACAUGUACCAUGUACUAUGAUCCGUUUUGUGUUGUCACAGUAAACAUAUAACCAGAAAAACUAAAAUGCGACAUGUCCACUUUAAGUUUAGUUCAUAUUUAAACAACUCUGUUAGUUCAGAUGAACUUCAUGCAGUUUCAGCCAUUUAGCUGUAAGAUUUCAAGACAGGCCUCUAAAAUCUGAUGCAACAGAUCCUGUCAAAUUCUGAUGCUCAACUUGGUUUCUUGAGUCAGACAUAGGCCUGUAGUAUUACCGCCUGAACAAAAACCGUCUGCAUGGUUCACUAGGUUAAGAGUUGUGUAGUUAUUAUGCAUGUUGUCCUUUUUCUUCAUCCUUACAUACUGUGCCCAUUUGCAAAUUAACCAGAUGGCUAAUGUUAGUGAUAGCGUCUAAAUGACAUUAACCUUUAGUAAAAGAUUUGUUCUGACAUUGAAUUUUUUUGCAAUAUUGAUCUGUUGCUUUUAAUUUAAACUUAAGUAGCCACUUUGAAAUAGUGUAUUUGUACUAUAUUGUUUGCUGUUAGAAAGAAAAUUCACUUAAAAUGCUUUGAUCAAACUCCCCUCCCCCGUAGCUAAAGGCAACAUGCUCAACCUUCUGAUUGUGAGUUUCUACACCAGAAUUACUUAACAUUUCCACUUAAUUCUCCUAAAGCUUGUCAUUUUUCAUUAGUGAUCAGACAAAGAAUCCGCUGGCCAGAGCUAAAUAGGUUACUUUCUGUGUAAGUUGAUCAGAGUUUCUUCCUAACUCAUGGAUCGUCAGACUGAACUGCUGUCAUGUGUGAUUGAAUGUUGAUGGAUUGUGGUGUGGUGUAUUUGAAAGCAACUUCGCUAUAAUGCUUAAUAAAUCUAUAUUCUUUUAGUA